UCGUAGCCUAUCAGAGGACAGGCUGCAUGAUGACAAGGCCAGGAAGGACAGAAGACAGAAAAAGAGGUCCAAGCUGCUGGACUGUCUGUCUCAGUCCUGCUUCUCUGCCUGCUGGAGGAGAAAGUCUACAGCGGCAUCGCCAGACGAAGACCUCUUGGCAUAUUCGUUCCGGCCGCCGCCGAGCCCCCCGUUGAACUUUUACGAAGACAUUGAUGACACAUUUAAUGGGGGUGACAUCAUGACUAAUGUCUGUGACCUCACAGUCGCCGAGGACACGGAUUGGUCCAAGCCCCUCCCCCUGCCUACACCAGAGGAGAAGAUGAGGCAGCAGGCGCAGGCCAUCGCCGCUGAAAUAGUACCCAUCAACAUCACUGGUGAGGGUUUUGAGCGUCAGGCCAGUUUCCGGCGAGCGUUAGCCAACACAGACACUGUGAUCCGUCAUCCCCGGAACAAACUCACACGCCGCAAGACCAUGGCCGGAAUACCUGAUGACAUCACCAGAGAUCUGGAACAUGAAGCUGAUGAAGAGCCAGGGUGUAGUGAAACAGUGGUUCAGCCUGGUCAGUACUCUACUUUGGGCCAGAUCGGCAUUGUCAACACAGCCCUGCUACAGAGCACUAUCGUACGGCCCUCACACACCCAGUCACACACGCCCUCACAUGCCCCAGAGGACGGUCAGACGGGGGAGGAGAGAAGAGAGGAGGGAAGGUUGGACAAGGAGAUUGUGGUGGACAAUAGAGAGGAGGAGGAAAGGAGAGUGGUGAAGUCAUCAGUGUGUUGGAUCCAGGCCCAGAGAGGACAGGGCAUCUCUUCUCUGAUGGCUUCUCUCACCCCGACCCUCAACCCUGACCCCUCGUUUACUUCUAACCCUCACCCUAGCCUCACUCUCAACCCUAUCCCUUCCCUUAAGAUUCAACCUCACCCUAGCCUCACCCCCUCAUCUUCCAUGGACAGUGUCUCCCUGGCGGGUGAAGAUGGGGGGAAGGGCUUCCACAGCCUCCCUCGUAAGGACACCUUGUCCUCUGUGAGCAGCUGCCUUACCACCCCCUACAGGACACUCUGCGACACUGCACCCUGCUCUAUGAGCCAGAAGGGUUGGAGCUGCAAAUCCCAGAGUCAGAGCACAUUGCUCAGGGAGGACUGGAGCUACGUGCCCCUUCUGACCUCCAGCCAUUCCUCCCCACUCCACCCUCUCUCCUCCAUUUCCUCCCCCUCUCAGACCGACUGCAGCUCUCUCUGCUCCAGGGAUACAGAGACCGCCGGACACUCCCCUUGCAGUGGCUCAAGUCCCACAGCCACGGCUGCAUUUCUGCCGACUACGCCACCGGCAACAACCGCUGUCCCCACGGUAACCAAGACCAGCACGGUCUCCAUAGCAACAGCUAGAGGAGGUGGUGGUGACGUUACAGAGGAGUCUCCAGACCCCCAGUCCUGCUCCCGUUUCCCCUCUGGUCUCCCCUGUGGUGUUCGAGGUGUUCGAGGAUCCUUGGGUCCCCGCUGUCGCAGCUUCAGCAGUCUUAGCAUGGGGGAAAGGGGAGCUGCUGAUACAGCCAGCCAGAUCAACCAGGUCCCUCACUUCCACAGCUUCCAGGACCAGGUCUACCCUCCCAGCUACCGCCUCAAGCAGCCUCACCACUCUGCGCCCCGCUCAGCCAGUACUGGAGGGCUGAGCCGGCCUAUGGGACCUAAAACGGCCGCUUCUUUUCCAAACAUGGCCACCUCUGCAGGGAGACUGCACUGUCUGGCUUCCAACUCCAGCGGAUACUACAGCCAGUGCAACAAUCUAACAUCUUCCUCACCCCAAACCACCUCCUCACCCCUCACUUCCUCCUCCUCACCCCUCACUUCCUCCUCCUCCCUGCCCCUCACCUCCUCCCUUCCCAGGACUUGUUCUACCCCUGGCAGAGGAAGGCCCAAGCCCCCCAUCCCAGAGAGAAAGUCCUCCCUCCUCUCCUCCCCCUCUUCCUCCUUUUCUUCCACUUCCUCCCUCUCUUCCUACAUCUCUGCUGACUCUGCCAGAUACCCCCCUCUCCCCCCUCUUACGCUCCUCCCUGAGUCCAACACUCCUUCCUCUCUACCUCCACCCUACCCAUCCCUUCCACAACAACAAUCACUCGCCUCUCCUCCUCCUCUCCCUCAACUGUGCAUCUCUCGUACUCUCCCCUCUCGCCUUCCUCUAACUCAGCCUUCUCUCCCCUCUCCCCUUCCUCUAACUCAGCCUUAUCUCCCCUCUCCCCCUCCACUACUUCAGCCUUCUCUCCCCGCUCCUCCUCCUCUACCCCAGCCAUCCCUCCCCACUCCUCUAACUUCUCCCCCUUCCCUCUUGCCUCCCUCACGUACCUGUGCAGUGCAACAGACUCAGCCCCACCCCUUUUAUACACCUGUUACACCUGCCAGUCAUGUGACAUCAUUGCCAGGAUUCCCUCCCCCUCCUUCCCCUGAGCUCUUAGAGGAUUUAGACCUCUCAAUCAACAGUCAUCCUACUCCCCCUCCUCCCCCACCUCCGCCACCUCCGCCACCUCCUCCCCCUUACACCCACACCCCUACACCACCUCCCCCUCUCCAGAGCCUCUCCGGAGUGAGUCCAGGAUGGCCCCCCCGUCCCUUGAUCACAACCCAAGCCCUGCAGAGAGUCACCCUGCGCUCUGUCAAGAGGCCACAAGAGCUAGCCCCACAGGAGCUAACUAGCAUUAUGCUAACAAACCCUACAUCAGCUAAUGUCGAACAGAGCCAAGAUAGCAAUGAUGCUACACUAACUAGCAUGAUGCUAACCAACGCAACCCCAGCUAAUGAUGGCCGGCAGUGCCCAGAGAGCACCGAUGCUAAGCUAACUUGCAUUACGCUAACCAACGCUAUGUCAACUAAUGAUGCCCAGCAGAGCCCAGAGAGCAUUGAUGCUAAGCUAAAUGGCAUCACGCUAACCUGCGCCCUGGAGAGAGUGGAGGGCAUGGAUGCCACACUAACCAGCACUGUGUUAGAGAGUGUGGAGAGGAUCAAUGCUAUUCUUACGGAGGCUGAAGAGAGACAGACCACUGGCGUUCAGAAAAUGGCUGCCAAUUCAUCUGGCACUAUGCUAGCAUAUUUCCAAAAGAGACUUGAAACCAAUGAUGCUAUGCUAAAGGCGGCCCCAAAGACACCGUCAGAGUCUGGCCCUCCUUGCUCCACACCGACCACUACUCAGCAGACUGACAGAACUAGAGAGUCUGUCCCUCCCUGCUCCACACCGACCACUACUCAGCACACUGACAGAACCAGAGAGUCUGUCCCUCCCUGCUCCACACCGACCACUACUCAGCAGACUGACAGAACCAGAGAGUCUGUCCCUCCCUGCUCCACACCGACCACUACUCAGCACACUGACAGAACCAGAGAGUCUGGCCCUCCCUGCUCCACACCGACCACUACUCAGCACACUGACAGAACCAGAGAGUCUGUUGGAACAGAAGACGCCCUCCGUCCCUCAACAACCCCACAGACGCCUAGAACCCCUCAGAAGCCUAGAAUCCCAGAGAACCCUAGAACUCCAGAGGCUAUAAUGAUAGAGAAGCCUAGAACACUGGAGAAGCCCAAAACACUGGAGAAGCUUAGAACACUGGAGAAGCUCAGAACACUGGAGAAGCCUAGAACCCCAGAAAAGCCUAACGUGGUUGUUCUCUCUAGGCCACUGAGAGCAGUGGUUUUAAGUUCUAGCUCUCCUGCUGUGAACAGAGGACCAGCGUUACAGAACGGAGAACACACGCCUCGACAGGAGACCACACCCUGCCUCACCAACGGCCAACUAGAGCACUUAACGUGGGCAAACACACUCACACACUCCCCUGCUACCCCCUCCUCCACCCCCCACAAAGUGAAGCUUCCUGUUGCCUUAAAGAACCCUAAACGAUCUCUACUGAGGACACACCAGACAGACACACCAACCCCACCACUCGUACUGACAAGUACACCUCCACAGCCCUUUGUCCCAGAGACAUCACCCUUUCUGGGGAUACAAUUGGCACAGACAGAGUCGCAGACAGAGACCCAACCAAAGCCAAAGCCUGAAUUCCCCUUCCUGAAACGCUACCAGUCAGAAUACUAUGUAGCGGAGUUACCAUCAAGGCCCUGUCCUCCAGUACCCUUUGUACCAGAGUUACCACCAAGGCCCUGUCCUUCAGAAGCCUGUGUACCAGAGUUACCACCAAGGCCCUGUCCUUCAGAAGCCUGUAUAGCAGAGUUACCACCAUGGCCCUGUCCUUCAGAAGCCUGUGUACCAGAGUUACCACCAAGGCCCUGUCCUUCAGAACCCUGUGUAGCAGAGUUACCACCAAGGCCCUGUCCUUCAGAACCCUGUGUACCAGAGUUACCACCAAGGCCCUGUCCUUCAGAACCCUGUGUACCAGAGUUACCACCAAGGCCCUGUCCUUCAGAACCCUGUGUACCAGAGCCACAGCAGGAGUCCUGUCCACUGGAGAUGGAGACAGAUACAGAGACAAAGCUAGAGAGUGGCUCUGUGCCAUAUACAGAGUUGGGGAGAUCAGAACCUGAACCAGAGGAGAUAUGGGUGAUGCAGAAUGAAGAGAGAGAGAAUGUGCACAUCACACUGAUGCUGGGGGGGAGAGAGGAGGAGGACAGACAGAGGGGAGCCAUUGAGGAGGACAGCAGAGAUUCUGGAAGUUUCUCUCCGGAAGAGAAUAGAGAUGCUCUUAGCAGUGGACUGUCAAUUGAAGAGGGGGAACUGGAGGAGGAGAGGAUGGAAUGGGAGAAGAGGGAAGAGAGGCGCAGUCUGGAGACAGACGGGACAGCAGCUCCACAGGAUCCCCUCAUUCUCCUCCUCUUCCUCCUCCUCCUCCUCAUCCUUUCCUCCAAUAGCCCUAGCCCCACCCCUCUGCGACCUCUAGAGGUGAUAGCAUCCACUUGGGUGAGAGGUCAUAUGUCAGGGGUCAGCAGCAGCAGUGGUAGCUUCAAGGCUCUGCUCCUGAGGAAGGGAAGUCGCUGCGACUCUGGAGCUCGCAUGUCUGCAGCUGAGAGACUCCGCAGUACCGCCCCAAAACACCAGAGUCCGCCACCACAUAGCCAGAGCCAAUCAGACACACACCUGCAGUUGGGAGUGAAGUCACACACCCACACACCUCAUCCCUCUCCACACACGCACACAGUCCAAGUCCAGCUCCCAUCUCUAGAAGUACCCCAGACUCAGUACAGACAGAGACACAGGAGGAAGGAAGAGUGGGCAAUCACUGAGCCCAGCCGACGUUUUGCUGCCUGCACCCGACUACCGAGCAGCUCAAUGACUGCCAUCCAGGAACAAGAGGGGGAGGGGGACGGCGAAUCACUGGAGAGUGAGGGAUUGUCCGAGACCAUCAAAUUGGACCACGAUUCACACAAGACUUUUGGAUUGGUCAAGCUUUCUGACGGAUAG